AAAAAGAAUGUGGCAUAUGAAAAGGAUUGAAUACCUGGAGGUAUUAGUUGCCGUACAUCUGUAAAAAUGGGAGUUAAUUUCUCAAAAUACAAAUUAGCUUAGUCAGCAAGCUUGGAGUUGUGCUAUGGAACUAGGAAUAAACAUUUUGUCCCUUUGUUGCCAGUGACAGAAAAUUGAUGGAUUAUGAUUUUCCCAAGUUGGAAAUACUUGUUUUUACCUAUCUAGGAUAUCCUUAUGACUACAUAAGGACUAACGCAUUUCAUAACUGCCUUGGUUCAGAAUGGGCAAUUGACUUGUCAACAACAGCAACAAAAAUGGUCGACUUUAUGAACUGAGACAGAGCCUUCCAAUGCACUUUGUACACCCUGGGAAUUACUGUGCUGUAUGGCCACCUCCCGAAGGCCAUGAUGAUUUUUAGAAUAAGGAUAUCAUCUUCCCGUUGAUAUCUUUGAAGAAUCAUAAGCUUAAUCAGAAAAAUGAAUGGAAGCAAGGAAUGUGACAGUGGGGACAAGGAUGGAGGGCUGCCAGCAGUACAAGUCCCAGUUGGUUGGCAACGGAGGGUGGAUCAAAAUGGAGUCCUUUAUAUUAGUCCUAGUGGGUCUUUAUUGUCCUGUUUGGAGCAGGUUAAAACAUACCUGUUGACUGAUGGAACAUGCAAGUGUGGUUUAGAAUGUCCUCUCAUCCUUCCUAAGGUAUUUAAUUUUGAUCCUGGAGUUGCUGUAACACAAAGAACAGCUGAAGAUGUCAAAGCAGAUGAAGAUGUCACUAAGCUAUGCAUCCAUAAACGGAAAAUUAUUGCUGUGGCUACACUUCAUAAAAGCAUGGAAGCACCACAUCCCUCAUUGGUUCUAACUAGUCCUGGAGGUGGAACAAGUGUCAUACCCAUAGUNNCUUCACGAGCGGCAACUCCAAGAUUAGUGAGGAAUAAAUCACAUGAAGGAAUAACGAAUUCUGUGAUGCCAGAAUGUAAAACUCCCUUCAAGUUGAUGAUGGGAGCCUCAAAUGCCAUGGGUAGGUUAUAUGUGCAAGAGAUGACUGCAAGCCAACAAGAACUUCAUUCUGUCUAUCCUAGACAGAGAUUGGGCAAUAAUGAACAUGGGCAGAAGUCGCCGUAUCGUGGCAGUCAUGGAGGAAUGCCCAGUCCAGCUUCAUCGGGAUCACAAAUAUAUGGAGAUGGUUCAAUCUCACCUAGGACAGAUCCACUUGGAAGUCCAGAUGUUUUCACAAGGAAUAAUUCCAAUUUUCAUGGAGCACCCAAUUCUAGCCCUGUUCACAUGAACAGGACCCCUCUCUCCCCACCCUCAGUUAUGUUACAUGGUUCUCCUGUGCAGUCAUCUUGCGCAAUGGCUGGAAGAACUAAUAUACCUCUUUCUCCAACUCUGACCACCAAAAGUCCAGCCAUGAAAAAACCCAUGUGUAAUUUUUCAGCUAAUAUGGAAAUGUCGCGAGCAGUGUUUCACCACAAACCACCUCAAGGCCCACCACCACUACCGCCGCUGCCACCACCACCACCACCUUCUUCAUGUAUACUUCAGAAAAAGCCAUUAACAUCAGAGAAGGAUCCACUUGGCAUUCUUGACCCCAUUCCCAGCAAGCCCAUAAAUCAAAAUCCUGUUAUAAUGAAUCCAAGUACUUACCAUUCAAAUGUCCACUCUCAGGUACCUGUGAUGAAUGUAAGCAUGCCUCCGGCUGUUGUUCCUUUACCAAGUAAUCUCCCUUUGCCAACUGUAAAACCUGGUCACACAAACCACGGAAGCCACAUGCAAAGAGUUCAGCACUCUGCUUCAACUUCUCUCUCGCCCUCACCAGUAACGUCACCAGUUCACAUGAUGGGAUCUGGAAUUGGAAGGAUUGAGGCUUCACCCCAAAGAUCACGCUCUUCUUCCACAUCCUCAGAUCAUGGAAAUUUCAUGAUGCCAGUAGGACCACAGUCAUCUUGUACUAAUAUUAAAGUCCCCCCUCGGUCACCAAGAUCAACAAUAGGAUCUCCUAGGCCAUCCAUGCCAUCAAGUCCUUCCAUGAAGAUAGAUGGAUUCCACCAAUAUAAGGACAUUCCUAACUCACUGAUUGCUGGAAUGAGUAAUGUUUUGAACCCUUUGGGCAAUGCAGCUUUUCCACCUACAUCUACCGGAAGUGGGUCCAUGAAGAGUCAACCUGGCUUGCUGGGAAUGCCUUUAAAUCAGAUCUUGAAUCAGCACAAUGCUGCCUCUUUUCCAGCUAGUAGUUUACUCUCAGCAGCAGCCAAAGCACAGCUAGCAAAUCAAAAUAAACUUGCUGGUAACAAUAACAAUAACAGCAGUAGCAAUUCUGGAAUAGUUGCCAGCAAUAGCAGCAAUGAUGGACAUAGCACUUUAAACCCCAUGUUUCCACCGACCGCCAAUGUGCUUCUACCAACGAACGAAGGGCAGAGUGGUCGAGCAGCACUACGAGAUAAACUUAUGUCUCAACAAAAAGAUCCUUUGAGGAAAAGGAAACCCCCAACCACUACAGUGUUGAGUUUGCUUAGGCAGUCUCAGUUGGACAGCUCAGUUGGCGUUACAAAAUCUGGGCCUGAUUCGAUAAGAAAGCAGAACCAGGCUUCGUUUCCCAUCACAUCAAUGUCUCAGUUACUUCAAUCCAUGAGCUGCCAAAACUCUCAUAUGAGCAGCAAUAGUAUUUCUAGUUGUGGGAGCUCAAAUACGGUUUUGCCUUGCUCUGCUAACCAACUACAUUUUACAGAUACUACGAUGACCUCGAGCACUCUUCCGAAUUCACUGGCCCAGGAUUUACCUUUGAGAGGGGAAAGCAUGCACUGCCUGAAUUCAAACACUAAUUUUGGCCAUUGCACUAGUCCUGGCCCAAAUAACCAUCUUGCAGGCUUAAUAAAUCAGAUGCAGCCUAUUGGAAACUGUGGGCUGCUCAAUCAGUCCGGGAUGACUUUAGGAAACUCGUUACAUCUGAAUCCAGCUCAGCCACGAAUCCAAGCACCUUCCACUAAAGUGAUACCAAACAGCAUUGUGAACAGCUGCAAUCAAACCAGUCCUGAAUCAGGAAGGACAGGUCUACCAUCAUCUACAGCUAUAGCUGGUACCUGUCAACCUGGCAUCACCAAGACAACAUCUGUACUUCAAGAUGGCGUCAUUGUCACAACCGCUGCUGGAACUCCACUACAUAGCCAACUCCCUCUUGGGAAUGACUUUCCUUUUGUUGGUCAUGAGCACACUCUGCAUUUCCCACAGAACAGCGCUUCAAGCAACAGUCUUCCGCACUCUUUGAAUCCUAACCUCUUUAGCUCGCUACCUAUCUCUUUGCCAGUGAAUCAGCAACACCUCCUAAACCAGAAUCUAUUAAAUAUACUUCAGCCUUCAACAGGAGAAGGUGAUAUGUCCUCGAUAAACACUACUCUUAAUAACCAUCAGCUCACUCAUCUGCAGUCAUUGUUCAACAACAAUCAGAUGUUUCCAUCAAAUCAGCAACAGCAGCUUCUCCAAGGCUAUCAGAAUCUCCAAGGCUUCCAAGGACAGCUUCCCAUUCCUGGACCUCCUAACAACCCAAAUCCUAUGGCUUGUCUGUUCCAGAAUUUUCAGGUGAGAAUGCAGGAAGAGACCGCUUUCCUGAACAAGAGAAUUAUCUCUCAAAUAGGGAUGCCACCAGUUCCUGAAAGUUCCAGUGCAGCAAUUCCUCCUUUUCAAGAUACUGUAUGCAAUUUACAACAAAGGACAGAACCAUCUAUAGGACAACAAGCAAAGGACAUCAGUCUAACUGCCCAGAGUGAUGGUUCAGUUGAUGCCAUCUACAAAGCAGUGGUAGAUGCUGCAGGCAAGGGGAUGCAAGUAGUCAUCACCACCGCGGUUAACAGUACAACACAAAUGAGCCCUAUUCCAGCUCUGAGUGCCAUGAGUGCCUUUACAGCCUCAAUUGGAGAUCCAUUAAACCUUUCCAGUGCUGUCAAUGCAGUAAUACACGGACGAAAUAUUGGCAUUUCUGAUCACGAAGACAGAGCGAGGAACCCCAGGGGGACACGGUUACUGAAGAAUUCGGAACACCUUAAAAAUUCCAGCGACGGGGAUGGCUUGGAAUAUUAUAAACCGACAGGUUGCAACACACCAAAAAAACAGUGGGAAGGGGAGCCGAGCCCUGGAGGGGAGAUGAACCGAUGGAAAUGCGAGGAGGUUUUAAAUCACUCGUCCCAUGUUCUCAGUAGUCCUUGCCGCGAAAGGCCCAACAAUGUUUCCACGUUGCCAUUAGUCCCAGGCAAGCAACAUCCAGUAUUAUUACCCCAGCGAAAUUGUCACGGCGACAAGAUGGUGGAGGAGAACUUCAGGUAUAGCAAUUAUAAAAGAACUAUGAUGAGUUUUAAAGAGAGACUAGAGAACACUGUGGAACGAUGUGCGCACAUCAACGGGAACCGGCCCCAGCAGAGCAGAGGGUUUGGAGAGUUGCUGAAUCCUGCUAAGCAAGACCUAGGCCUGGAAGAACAGUCUCCAAGUUCCUCCAAUAGUUUCGAAAGUUCUCUGAUUAAAGACUACAUCCAUUAUAAUGGAGACUUUAAUGCCAAAAGCAUUAAUGGGUGUGUGCCUAGUCCUUCAGAUGCUAAAAGCAUCAGUAGCGAAGAUGACCUGAGGAAUCCCGAUUCCCCAUCUUCAAACGAGUUGAUACAUUACAGACCAAGGACGUUUAAUGUUGGGGACUUGGUCUGGAGCCAAAUUAAAGGACUGUCGUCUUGGCCUGGUAAAUUAGUGAGAGAAGAUGACGUUCACAACUCAUGUCAACAAAGCACUGAGGAUGGGAAGGUGGAACCUGACAAGUUGAAAACACUAACAGAAGGUCUGGAAGCCUACAACCAUGUCCGAAAGAGGAAUAGAAAGUAA